AUGUGGAGAGGAACGUUGCUGCUCCAGCUAUGGAUCCGAUCCGCCGGUCGGUCUCUCCUCCUAAGGCGCAUUGGGACAGCUCGUGAGCUCAGGGCCUCCUCGAACGAGGUCGAGAUUCUAGAGGGUCUUGAGCUGAUCCGCGACCUAUUGGUCCUGAUCGUUGCGCUCCAGCCUCUACAGCAAAUCAACCCGGCGCGUGGCGUCGCGGAAGACGGUCGUAGCCGCGGGGGGGGCCGCGAGGCCUACAGUCAGAUCCUCGUCCUAGUUGGACUAGCCGCGGACGGAAUCGUCGUAGGCUUUACGCGCCGCUAA